AUGGAACGUUCCACAUUGGCUGUCAGUGUUCACUAUCUUCGCAGUACAUUCUUGCAAGAAGUGUUGGCCACUCCAGGGUUGAGCCGAGACUCUACUGUCUAUGACAUUGAGAAUUUGGACGAGGAAGCUCCUGGAGUGAUUCGACGAAAAGCCGACCAUGUUUGCUGUCCGAUUGAUGGGCGAAUGGGAGCGGCAUAUGUCCAUGGAGUCGAUGAUGAUGGCAUCAGUGUGGGACAAGCUAACGUGAUGUUGAGCUAUACUUGGGGGUACAGAAUUGGGGAUAUCAUUGAUACUUUGGUCGACUUUUGCUAUACUACAAAUCGAGAUCCCACUCAGACGUUUGUUUGGAUUUGCUUCCUAUGUGUCAAUCAACACCGUGUGUGGCAGCAAAAGAAAUCAGAACGGUCGGGAAUGCUCGAGCCCCAAGUGGACUUUUUUGCCGAGUUUGGACUGCGUGUGGUUUCAAUUGGCCAUGUCCUCGCGAUGAUGUCCCCAUGGAACAAUCCUCGCUAUCUACAACGAAUAUGGUCGGUGUACGAACUCUACACAGCUCAUGUCAAGGAUUGCCAAACCACCGUGGUCAUGCCGCCAUCCGAGAAACAAGCACUCCAGCAGGAUCUCUUGGGAAAUGAUAACGACAAUCACCAGGAGGGGCUUCAAUCACUCUACAAAGCAUUGGGGCAAACGCAAAUUGAAAACGCUCUAGCAUCCAUAGAACGGGAUCGAGUUGUCAUUUUGGAACUGGUGGCGAAACAAUGUGGGUUCAAGGUCAUGAAUCAAAAAGUCAAUGAGCUUCUUCGCAGCUGGAUCCGUCACACCGUUUGCCGCUUGUCACAGUCUCGGAGAGAGUUGUACUCAUGUACUACUAGUGACAGCAGCAAUGUAGAUGGAUUGCAUCACGCCAACCAACACGACAAAUUAGGUGUCCUCAUGCUCGAGAAUGGUGAACACGGACCCGCCAUGGACGAGUUUCAAUACGUACUGGCCAUUCGUCAAGACGUAUUGGGUGAUUCCCAUCCUGACGUGGCAGCCGCACGCAACAGAAUUGCGUGGUGCUUAAUGAGGACGGGGGCGAACAAGGCAGCACUGGUGGAACUUCGAAAAGCAACCGCGGCAUCUCAAUCCGGGCAUCGCAAUGCCGAUGUUGCGUGGAUGCACCACAACAUUGGAAGACUCUUGCGUGAAGAGGGCGACUAUGAAGGUGCAUUGGAAGAACAUCAAACAGCCCUUUCGAUUCGUGAGGCGGUGCUCGGGUAUCAGCAUUCGGAUGUAGCCGCUUCACACAACAAUAUUGGAAAGAUUCUGCAGGAUCAAGGGGACUUUGACGGGGCUCUCGUUGCCUAUCGAAAGGGGUUAUCCAUACGACAACAAGCACUGGGAAACGACAACCAUCCGGAUAUUGCUUGUUCGCAUCACAGUAUUGGAAUGCUUCUUCGAGACCGAGGCGAUUACGAGGAAUCUUGGCAAGAGCACCAAAAGGCGCUCGCAAUACGAGAAUUGGUGCGUGGGAGGGACCAUCCGGACACGGCCAAGUCUUACACGAGCUUGGGGAAAUUGCUAGAGAAACGUGGGGAUUAUAGGGGCGCACUUGACUUUUUCAAGAUUGCUGCGGAGAUAGCCAUCCGUGUGGAGCUCAAACCGGCGUACCAUGCGGAAACAAUUAUUGAUGUGGCCGCAACACUGGAAAAGAUGGGGGACAGAGAAGCUGCCUUGCACCACUUUCGGCAGGCCUUGCACAUCCAAGAAUCGCUUCCAGGUGUGGAUCAUGCGGAAGUAAGGUUGCUUCAGAACAAGAUUGAUGAACUACUAGUAGCUAUCCCAUAA